CAUCAAUUCAUUCAGACCAACUUCAUCUUUCAUUAACAACAGCGCAACAUGGGUGAAGAAGCCGACAAGAAGACUGAUGUCACCUCGCCAGAACAUAUCAACCUCAAGGUUGUAGGACAGGAUCAAUCUGAGGUAUUCUUCAAGAUCAAGCGUUCGACUGCAUUGAAGAAAUUAAUGGAUGCUUAUUGUGAUCGCCAAGGAAAAGCACUUAACAGCGUGCGCUUCUUAUACGAUGGUGAACGUAUCCAGCCCACCAACACACCUAAUGAGCUGGAAAUGGAGGAUGGCGACUCAAUCGACGUCAUGGUAGAACAAGUUGGAGGCUCAUCCUAAGCGACAUGUCAUCAUAAUAUAACUUGACCAUACAUCUUCUUUUAGGAUAUGCUGGAGUUUGUCUCCUCUGCUUAGUUUGCUUGUUGAGCGCACUUUUUCAACCUCCAUGAUGGCCUUUAUUAGACUUUUUUAUGCCUUUUGAUAACCUUCACCCUCAAUUGUCACUUUGGCUUCAAAAUGUCGAAUAAAAAAAAUAAUGAAUCUUCAAUAUUUAAAAUAAAUAAC